AUGUCACAGGAGAAUCUCUCAGAGUCCAACAGUGAUUCUUCCGUUGUUGUUAUUCAAACGACAACAACAUCAACCACUAUUCAAACAUCAACAACACCAACCACCAGCACCUCUCUUUCAACUCCAUCAUCAAACAAACCCUUUCAACUUGUCAAUCAAAUCGAUCAAUUACUCGUUAAAGAAGCCGAUGAUGAGAAUCUAUCUUCACCACUCAUCAUUAAUAUCAUGGAUCAAGUCGACCGUACCAUUUCUCGAGAAAUGGAUUCCGAAAAUAUAAUGAAUGAUUCUCCUAUCCAUUCUACCAAUUCUACCAAUGAUUCUUCUUCUUCGACCAAUGAUGAAACCAUGACAUGGUCCAAUUCCUCAUCUCCGACCAACAGCAGUAGUAGUAGCAAUACCAACAACAAUACCAACAACAACAACAACAUUAGCAAUACCACAUCUCCAAAAAGUAACAACAACAACAACUCCUCCUCUUCUCCAACUCCCACCAUUACCAUCAUCAAUUCCAAUUCCAUGACCAUUCAAUCAAGUUCUCCCAGUAGUUCCACCUAUGAAAACAUUGAACGUAUGACUUCUCAACGCAAUCAACGUAAAUCCGAAUUGAAACGAACGAAAAACAAGAAUGGUGCUGCCUUGACACGAAUGGAACCGAUUCAAAGUGAACUCUUAGAAAAUGAUUGGCUUCUUGCUGGAUAUGCAGAAAAACAAGGACGUCGAUCCACUAUGGAAGAUGCAUUGGUUUGUGAAUUAACAUUUCGACAACAUGAACAUGUUCAAUUUGAAAACAAGUAUGAAUCAUUUGUUGGAAUUUAUGAUGGACAUGGAGGAUCCAAUACAUCGAAAUUAGUUUCAGAAACACUUCAUUUGGUAUUUAAAGACAAGUUGAAUAAUUAUGAACAAUUUUUAGAAAUGAAGAGAAUUUUACAAGAAGAAGAAGAACAAGUGGAUCAUUCUGGCAUGACAAAUUCUGGUAUGACAAAUUCUGGCAUGACAAAUUCCAUGACCAUCAUGAUGAUGAAUGCAACAACAACAACAACAACAAACUCUACACCUUCUUCGUUCAGUAAAUAUUUCGGACUAUUAAAUGAAAAGGAAAGAUUACAAUUACAAGAAGGACAUUUCACGCGCGAUCAACUCAUUGAGGCUGCCACUGAAAAGGCUCUCUCACUCGUCAAGUAUUUGAAUGAACAUUUACAAUUUAAAGAAAAGGAACAAAAACAAACCGAUGAACAAUCCAUAGAUGUCUUGGAUGUUCAUACUCUAUCGACCAUGACGAGACGUGAAAUUAUUCCAUUAUUGAUUCGAGAGACAUUUUUAGAAGUGAAUGAAAAUAUUUGUAAAGGUCAAGAUACUCGAGAUGGUAGUACAGCGAGUGUGGUUUAUAUACCCUAUGUUGAAGAACGAACACUCUUUGUUGGUAAUGUUGGAGAUUCAAGAGUUGUAUUGUGUAGAAGUGGUGAACCUAUUCGAUUAACUGUUGAUCAUCGUCCAAGUGAAAUUGAUGAACGAAGACGUGUCAAAGAUGCAGGUGGUACUAUUUAUGGUAAUCGAGUGAAUGCAUGUUUAGCAGUGACGAGAGCCAUUGGUGAUAAAUCGUUACAUCCCUAUGUCAUUAGUGAUGCAAGUACAAUGGUUGUAGAUUUAAUGUUUGAUCGAGAUGAAUUUAUUGUCAUUGCAUGUGAUGGAUUGUGGGAUUAUGUAAGUGAAGAAGAGGUUGUCAAGACUGUUCGAUUUGAGAAUGAUCCUGUACAGGCGAGUAUUAUUUUGAGAGAUUUGGCCUAUGAUAAGGGUAGUACGGAUAAUAUUUCAGUGAUUGUAGUGAGAUUUAAACCAAACGUAUUACAAGAGUAUUUGGAUCAGUAA